AUGACUGGUGCAGUUGGAAGCUCUAGCAACAAGCAGCACACUGCAGGGAAGUCAACCUUUGUGAGUAUCCUCAAACAAGCCAGUGAAGACUGGGAAGUUGUUCCAGAACCUGUAGCAAGAUGGUGCAAUGUUCAAAGCUGCCAAGAAGAUAGCCAAGAAGAUAGUGAGGAGCUGACAACAUCCCAGAAAAGUGGCGGAAAUGUACUUCAGAUGAUGUAUGAAAAACCAGACCGGUGGUCUUUCACCUUCCAGACCUAUGCAUGCCUGAGCAGGAUCCGGGCUCAGCUUAAGUCUCUUGAUGGGAAGCUCAAAGAGGCAGAGAACCCAGUGGUCUUCUUUGAACGAUCUGUGUAUAGUGACAGGUAUAUUUUUGCAGCUAACUUGUAUGAGUCCGAUUGUAUGAACGAGACUGAAUGGACCGUUUACCAAGACUGGCAUGAAUGGAUGAAUAAGCAGUUUGGUCAAAGUCUUGAGCUGGAUGGAAUCAUUUAUCUCAGAGCUACUCCUGAGAAAUGCUUGAAUAGGAUUUACUUGCGUGGAAGAGAUGAAGAACAAGACAUUCCUAUAGAGUAUCUGGAGAAGCUUCACUACAAACAUGAAAGCUGGCUUCAGCAUAGAACAUUGCGGAUUGAUUUUGAAUACUUGCAGGAAGUACCCAUCCUAACACUAGAUGUUAAUGAAGACUUCAAAGGCAACAAAGACAAGCAUGAAAAUAUGAUUGAAAAGGUCAAAGAAUUUCUGAGCACUUUGUAAUCCUCUUUGAAGAAUAAGCAAAACCAAACUGUUCCAACCAUCUGUGUGCUCAAGGUUUGAAGUGGAGAUUUUGCUCUUAUUAAAGUCUUUGGAGAGGACAAGAUUCUGCACUGUUGCUUUAACAAAUUGUGAAGAACAAAUGAUCUAUCUUGUGUCUUAUAAAAAUGUGUUUGCGUAAAAUUUUGUAACUUGGUGAGCCUAUUCAGCAUUAGACAGUAGGGUUUAUGAGUCUCAAAGGGCUCCGGGAGUCCAUAAUUUGUUUUGAACUGGAGGAAUAAGUUUUCACUUUUUCAGUUUUGUCCCCAGCGCGCGCACAAUUUCCAGGAAAUCAGUGUUUUGGGGAAUUUUGGGGUGGAAUCUGAGGGUCUGCUAUAUUCUACAGAAGACUUUUCUCUCUCCAAAUGGAAAAUGAUUAAGGGCAAGGGGUUUAUGAUGUUGAUAGAAUUAACAUAUCACGAAGUACCAUAUAGUGACAUAUGCAAAUGCCACAUUGUCAUAAAUUCACAGGAUUGGUGGGGCUCUGUUCAUAAUGACUUAAAUACAAACCCACACAUGGUUAGAAUCCAGUGUUCUUUAGUAAGUUUUUAUCUAUUACGGUUGUCCCGUUCUGUAUAGUAAGAUACUUGAAUUUUGCUAUUGUAAGCACUUAGUAUUUUGAUUGUGUAACUCUUCCAACUUUUCCAUAUUUGAUUAUUUUGGUCUGAAAUUAGGGAAACUCUUUGGUAGCUAGUAGAUCCUUUUCUUGCAGAAUACAGUGUUCCUUAGAUUAAGAACUGUAAAGGGAAGGUAAAACUUUAAAUUGUUCUCAGGUUUUAAACAGUGUAUUUGUAGAUAUUAUUAUAUGACUUCUUAGAUGUUGUGGUGGAAGAUUCCUGUUUUUUCAAUAAUAUCCCCCCUUGUUAACUCUGCAGAUACUUUGGGCAUAUCUCCUAUGUUCGGCAGUGCAGUUUAGACAGUAUUUUUUUGUCAUCUUGCAGUGAGAAGGGGGAAAAUUUGGAACAACCAACUUUUAGUGCACUGAUGUUUGUAAUUGAGGCUUGUUUUUUUCUAAGUUCAGAAAAAAACAUAUAGUGCAGAUACAUUUUUAAAUAUGUAUUGUAUUUUGUAUUAGUUUUUCCAACUCUGUGUUCAAAAGUCAUCUGUAUAAUUACAAAUUUUACUAUAAGAGGAUUUUUUUUAAAUAGUGCUUAUUUUGACUGUAUUUAAUUUGAGAGAGAAUCUCAUACUGUAUGAAAAAUGAUGUUGGAUUUUUCCAACUUUUGAC